AUUACUAAAAUAAAUCCAAAACUGCGGUUCCCUAUUCAGAGGGAAAGCCCUUGAAUUCUAUUUCGAUCUAUUCGUUCUCGGGUGCAUCUCGGAACAGGUACAUAAAUAUUUAAAUGUUGCUUUUUGCUGAGAUGUGCCAAUCCAUCAAGAAUUGCUGUUGAUAUGAUGCUGACGCCAAAAGUUUUGUCUAAAUGUCCGCGGCGGAUUACUUGUGUUACAUGUGCAUUUGUCCAAGUUCCCUUUUUCACAGCCAGCUUGAUGAUGUCCAGUUUAGAGGAGCCACUAGGGAUUGAUAACUUGCCGAAUUGGAGUGCACAAAAGCUUCAAAGAUUCACAUCAAGUGCUUGCAGGCCCAAACAAGAUGACUCGGAAAUGAGUAACUGCACUAUUGAAGGCAGACAUCAUAUCUCCUCUUAUAUUUGCAAUGAAGAAUAUACAGGGGAAAGACAACCUUGGGAGAAGAUUCGGCCAAAGUCCUUUACGUUAAGAACCUCAUACUUUGGCAGGUAUCAAAGGGUUUAUGAUGGUCUAUAUGGUUCACGAGAUUUGCAAGGUUGCUACUUUAGCUCAUCUCGCAGCGACAGGGAAAUAACAGGUCCAACAAGCAAGCUUCUAAGAGACCUUCCAAGUUUUGUAAAUGUAGUAGAAGUUGGACCGAGAGAUGGAUUACAAAAUGAGAAAAACAUUGUACCUACACCUGUGAAAAUCGAGUUGAUACGGAGGCUGGUCUCUUCUGGAUUGCCUGUUGUUGAGGCCACUAGUUUCGUCUCUCCAAAAUGGGUACCACAGCUAGCAGAUGCAAAGGAUGUCAUGGAAGCAUUUCGAAAUCUAGAGGGUGCAAGAUUUCCUGUAUUAACACCUAACCUUAAAGGAUUUGAGGCUGCUGUUGCAGCUGGUGCAAAAGAGGUUGCAGUGUUUGCAUCAGCUUCAGAAUCAUUUUCCAAGUCAAACAUCAACUGUAGCAUUAAAGAUAGCCUUGCACGUUAUCGUGAUGUAACCGUUGCUGCUAAAGGAUUUGCAAUGCCUGUUCGGGGGUAUGUAUCAUGUGUUGUUGGGUGUCCUAUAGAGGGUGAGGUGCCUCCAUCAAAGGUAGCAUAUGUUUCAAAACAACUUUAUGACAUGGGUUGCUCUGAAAUUUCACUUGGUGAUACAAUUGGAGUUGGUACUCCAGGCACAGUCCUUCCAAUGCUUGAAGCUGUUAUGUCUGUUGUUCCUGUACAGAAGCUUGCUGUCCAUUUUCAUGACACAUAUGGCCAAUCUCUUCCAAAUAUUCUCGUAUCACUUCAAAUGGGCAUCAGUAUAGUCGACUCAUCCAUUGCCGGCUUGGGAGGGUGCCCCUAUGCAAAGGGUGCUUCUGGAAAUGUUGCAACUGAGGAUGUUGUUUAUAUGCUCCAUGGACUAGGUAUUGAGACGAAUGUUGAUCUUGGCAAACUUAUGGCUGCUGGAGAUUUCAUCUGCAAGCAUUUGCAGCGUCAGUCUGGCUCCAAGACUGCAAUUGCUCUGACCAGAAUUACUGCCAAUGCCUCCAAGAUGUGAGGCAAAAUAAAUUCCUGCAGAAAGAUUUGUCCAUUUAAAAAGACUGUUGGUAAGCUGAUAUUUGUAAAUUCUCAAUAAAGAAUUUGCCGUCAUUCCUGUGGCAGGGCAUCUCUUUGUAAUAUGAUUUGUAUAGUAUAGGUUCAACUAAAGAAUGUCGUUCUUGUCAAUCCUCAUACCAAACCAAAGACCAUGCUGCAGUUGGUGAAGCUCAGGUGCUCCAAGUCAUGUUAUAAUUUUUUUGAUUUUUUACUAUACUUUUAGCUGAAUGAUCAGAUCUCAAUGAUCAAGAGAUUCACAUUAUUUUCCAGAAAA